GGUUGUUUGAUCGCAGCGCGCAGCCGGCCCUGUGCGGGCCGGACCGGGCCGGGCCCAGCAAUGUCGGUGGAGCAGGGGAGGACGGAGCCGGCGGAUGACAGCGAGUCGGACGUCUUUGAAAUUGUUCUCCCCAUCACCGUCUUGGUGCUGAGCGAUGAUGAUUUUGUGCCGGAUGAGGCCGAGGACCCACCAGCCUCCGUUCCCGAGUGGGAGGAGGAGGGUGAGCAAAGGGGCGACUCAGACAAUAGCGGUUUCCUAAAUAGCAACGUGACACCUUCAAAUGACGGUAACGGUGAAAGCAUUUGUGAAGAAAACGAGGUUCCUACAGAUAAGGACAAUGGUGUGAAAUACUGUGAAGAAAAAUGUGUUGCUGAGAGUGUGUGUAACAGAUCAAAAUCACCUUUAAGUGAUCAGUGUGAUACCAGUGUGGAUGAACGCCCUCAAAAUGAUGUGUUGCCUGCAUCACCUUGCAAAGUAGAGCUUACAGAGAUCAACGAAACCAGUGACAGAAAAGAAUGUGAUGGUGAUGAUGGCUUUCAGAAGAUUCCUCCACUCCUGUUCCCUGCUGGCAGUGAGGGUGGAGGUGAGACCAUUGAGCCGAGCACGCAGGUGACAUCAGCAGCAAUAUCCAAACAUGAAGAGGAACUUGUCAAUGUUGCAAGUGUUCUUUCUGAUGGCAGUCAAGAGAAACAGCCAGAAAUCCAGAAGGAGGUGGAGAUAACUGUUGAAAUGGGAGGUCCUGAUUCUUCAAAGAAUGGAGACAAUGAAGGUAAUAAUAGAAAAAGAAAGAGAAGAAAAUUUGAAAAUGAAACACUGACUUCUCAUUUGGAACACGGCUUGAAAGAAGAACCGGAAUUUACCUAUAAUUGUUCUGCCCCGUUUCUUAAUGGAUGCUCUUCUACAUCAGAAGAAUUGUUAAAUGAUGUAGGGAGAGUAGGGAAACUGGAGAUGAAUGCUUCCACUUCUGCUGAAUCAAAUACUACAGGAGAGCAUAUUUCUAAGACAUUAACUCCAUUUCCUAAAAAAAGACAUCGGCAACAAAAAGUUGUUUCUCCUCAUGCCAGCUCAAAAGAAUUGCAAAGCCAGCAAGAAGGUUUAGCGUGGCUAAGUAAUAGUAUAACCAUCAAACCUCUUUCUAAAGCAUCUUGUUCUGGAAAUAAGAAUGAAAGAUUGAAUUUGAAGUGCAGGUUUUGUAGUUCUGCAUAUAAAUGCAGUGCAAGUCUAAAGAAACAUGUUUAUUCGGCUCAUAAAGACAAGAAAAUACAUAAGUGCUGCUUAUGUAAAAGAACCUUUUUCUUUCCUGCCAACCUUAAAAAUCACCUUAAAUUUCAUAAGAAACUGAGUAGGUUGCAAAAGGCAAGAAAAAAUAGAAUUAAUGCGAGAAAAGCUAGGCAGAGAAAGACUGAAGAAAGAAAAUCUGAGGCCAAGAAAAAAGAAAGUAAGUAUGAGAAAUUUUUCAUUAAAAUUGAAAGGGACUUCACACCUCUGGAUGUGCCAGUUAGUUUUUCCUGCAAAAUUUGUUUCUUUGCUUCAUCAAAUCCUAGGACUUUUAUUCAUCACAUGAGGGGACAUAAAGAGAGACCACCUUACCAGUGUCCUCAAUGUGAUUACUCCUACAGUAGCUUAUCCUAUCUGUUAAAUCACAUGUACUGGCACGCUGGGUAUAAGCUCUACCAGUGCAGGUUUUGCACCUUUUUUUCGUUGUAUUUUGCCAGCAUGGUAAGGCAUAGCUAUAUACACACAGAGGCUAAACCUUAUACCUGUGAGUGCUGCCCGUCAGCAUUCUCAAGCAUCACAGAGUUAGAGAGACACAGGAGAUUACACGCGGGCAAAGCAACGUGCCAAGGGCAGCAAAGCGACGUGAGCAGAAGAAAAAGAACUCAAAGACCUUUAAAGAGUUACACGUGUGAUGAGUGUAACGUAGUGUUUUACACUCGGGAACUUCUUAGCUUUCAUAAGAAAUUUCAUGAACAGCUUAAGGCUACAGCUAAGGGUUAUACAAAUCAGAACAACAAAUAUCAUAAAGGCAAAGUACGCAAAGUUGAGAGUGAUUCCCAGGAUGACGUUGCUGUUUCUGCUAAAAAAAAAUACUGUCUCCGUGGGGGAACGCUGACUUCAGACUUCAAGCGAGCAGGGGAUGUGCAGAACGAUAGGAAAAUGUGCUCCAGAAAGAAAUUCCAUGGAAGCAACAGCAUACCUGUUACUGGGAAUAGAUCAGGAGUUCCUCUGAAUUCUGUCAUUUGCAAAGAGGAACCUCUCUUCAACUCCAGGGCCUCUCAUUCGCAAGUUGAAGGUGAUGAUGCAUAUCACAGAUUUGUUGAAAACUUAAAGGAUACGUGGCCUUCCAAUUUGUCGAUGUUCAAAAUGUACAAGUGCCAGCACUGUCGUUACGCUACUGCUGUUCACAGAGACUUUCAGCUGCACCUAAAAAUACACACAGAUGUAAGACCGUUUGUGUGUAAAGAAUGCAAUAAGACAUUUAAAACAUCAAACCAUUUGCAGGAACACAACCUUUUUCACAUAAAGAAUGGAUACGACUUUGGCCAUUGCCUGUAUGUAGGGAGACGUUUAAAAAAUCUUGACUUGCAUCAUGAAAUGUAUGUAGGCAUGUACCCAGAAAGAGAUUUGGGUUCCUCGAAAGGUUCAAAGAGACUCCAUUCCUUGCUGGGUUUGGAAGCCUGCAGGGUACAUCCAGGUGUCAAGAAGGACAGAGAAAAUGAUCUGCUGGCACAGAGUCAGUCACGAUUCUAUCAGUGUGCAGAGUGCAAGUAUGCUACUUGCCGUUUAAACAACCUGGAGCUCCACGUGAGAACUCACACAGGGGAGAAACCUUACAGCUGCAGUGUUUGUCAGAAGAAGUUCCGUACUUCCAGUCACCUGAAAAGACACGGGGUCACGCAUUUUAACCUGGAGCAUCUCAAGUGCAGCAGCUGUGACUAUUCCACAAACAAAUGGCCCUCCCUGAAACAGCAUCUGGCUUCGCACUCCCGUGAGGAAGGCCCCUCUGCCGGCUGCUUCUACGAAGACAUGAAGCUGCCCUUUAAAAUGUACAGGUGUGAAGAGUGUGGCUAUUCCACAGCCCACAGUGGAAACCUGAAGCUGCACUUGAGAAUCCACACAGGGGAGAAGCCCUUCAAGUGCGAUCGCUGCCCGCUGGCGUUCCGCACGUCCAGCCACCUGAAGCGCCACUUGCUGACUCACGUAAAGCUGUGCUGCAGGAGGUGUAAAUUUUCGACGGUAAAUAAACACGCUUUGCAAAAGCAUGUGAAAACUCACACCAAAAAGUACGAGUGUGGAAAGUGUAACGUGAGGCUGCCUACCAAAAAACUGCUGGAAAAGCAUAAGCGGCAGCAUAACCUUGGAAUAUAAGAUUUGGGAAUUGCAUGUCGGCACUCGGAUCUGGAGAGGUUUGCAUGCCCUGAAUUUGCUCGUUGCUUAUAUCCCCUGCCAUUCCCAGAAUGGUGGCUGGUAAUGGAUGUAUCCAGAGCCUUGGUCCAGAGAGUGAAACUCGGGGUACUGGUUUGCUCUGGGUUCUUCUGAGAACUUCAGUUCCAUCACAGGCUGUGCUAGAGGAGGUUUUUGAUGCACUUUUUCAUGCCCAAGUAACUUCUUAAUGCCAUGAGGUCAGUUACAAUUUGGCCAGUGUUCACCAGUUUAGUUACACUGUGCCACUUCUUUUCUUCUAGAAAAUGAAUUAAAAAAAUAUCUUUUUUUAACUAAAGGAAUGUUUAAAAGGAGGGAAGGAAAUGCACGUUAUAUUGUAUAGUAAUAAUUUUUCAUUUAAAAAUUGUCAUUGUGUUUGGAGGCUUAACACUACCUCCCAUCUGCUGAAAGUUGCAUUCCCACUCCUGGGUUCUCUUUUGAUACUUGCAAUAGAAAAAAAAAAAUAGUGUCUCACAAAAUUAGAGAAGAUUUGUGUUAUCAUUGGAUAUUUGGGUUAUGAAAAUGUUUUCUAAAUGCGUGUCUAUAUAAAUGGUUUAUUAGGCGGUUAUCUUGUCCGUACUUUUGAUAAUUCUUUGAGUAGACUGACAGAAAUGGUGGUGUCCUUAAUCGGAUAUUUUAUAACACUGAGAAUCCUUAAAUUGAUCUUCAUCAAUUUUAACGGGAAAGUCUGAUGUUAAUCUAGUAUCAAAUGCCUUAUCUUUUCUCAGGCUGGUAGCUACUAUGCUCUUUGUUUCUUAAAAUAGACAAUACUGAACUUUUCAAAGAACUUCUCUGUUAAUUUAACCACUUGCUGGUAAGUUGCAAAUACUACUUAGUUUUACAUCGAGAACCUUAGUAGUAUCUUGUAGAAUUUAUUUUGUGAAAGAACUUCAAGGUGUAUCUGAAAAACCACGUAUAAGGACCGUUUGUACCAAACAGCCUUUAUUGCUUGGAUACCGUGAAGACUGACGGAUGCUUCUUCCACUUUAUAGUCAAAUUGAGACAAAUCUUUGCUCAUUUCAUGGAAUCAUGGGGUGGUCAAAAUGUUGUGUGGACAUCACCAGCUGCAGUAUUGGUAACAGUGGUGUCACCCUCUUGUGUGAGGGGAGGACAGUGGCAAAGGACUGAUGCCAGCUGUCCCCUGAUGUUACAGUUCAGCACGUGAAAUAGCAGAAUAAACCUAUAGCUUAAUUUAGAGAAUGUAAACAUGAACCUGGCACUGCUUCUUCACUGCUCUCCCAUGUAUGCUUUUCAUUAUAAAUAGGGAUACGUUACCCAGAGAGGUGGUGGAGUCUCUUUGGAGAUAUUCAGAAGCCAUCUGGACAUGGUCCUGGGCCACCAGCUUUGGGUGGCCCUUCUUGAGCAGAGGGUUGGACCAGGGGACCUCCAGAGGACCUCACAGUGCUCCAAAUGGGGCCUCAGCAGGGCAGAUGGAGAGGGAGGAUGACUUCCCUCCACCCUCACGCUCUUCUUGAUGCACCCCAGGAUGCCAUUGGCCAAACAAGUGUGGCCAGACAAUUUGUGACUGUGAGCCCUGGUGCUUCCAGAUGGUUUUUCCUACAAUCUGGGAAGUCCCCAUUUGGGAAUGAGUGGUUCAGGUCUUAGAAAUAUUGAGCGAACCACCAAAUACAGACGUGAGAAAGAAGGACUUUAUCUUGAUAUGAAUAUAAAAAAGCAUUUCUGUGAAAUAAUAACACAGUUAUGUGAGCGUGGAAGAAUUUUUACCUGCAUUACUGUACGAUUCUGAUCGUUUAUUUGAAGAAAAAUUCAAAAGAACAGGUAAAAAGAGGAAAUAAAAAUGUGAAGAGAAUUAUAAAUAUUUCCCAGGUAAGACUAGGAAAGCUAAAUCUGGUAGAGAAUAAUUGUUUAUGAGUAUGGUGUACAAUGAUGGAAAAGAGACCCCCAUUAAAGGAGGGUAAAUUUAUUGAAGGAAAUUUUUGAAAGAGUUUGUAAGCAGCCUAAGUUUCUUACCAUUCUAAGAAAAACAAGGCAUUUUGUUGUGGAGGUUAUAAAACUGGUUGUUCCAGGCCUGUAAUAAAUUUAAAUAAAGUGUUUCAUGACUGAU